CUAUUGCGUGUGUAUGUUGAUAUCUGUCAUAUCGUUUGUAAGGUUAGCUGUCGAACCGCGAUUACCGCGAACAGUCCGCGGAAUUCCUGGGUUUUUCUCCGAGAGCCGCCGCUGACGAGGAUGACGUCCUGUUUCGAGAACAUGCAGGUGCCGUCCUGCGUCUGGUUCGAGGGCGGCGAGAAGAGGAACGCGCUCGUCUCGAUGCUCGCGGGCACCCUGUUUUUCGUAGGAUGGUGGUUUAUAAUAGACGCGCAUGCGAAAUACCCGAGUGAAAUGUCAAACGCGUACCACGUUUGCGGAGUGUUCGGUACCAUAUCUCUCUUCAUGGUCAAUUCAGUGACAAACGCGCAGAUAAGGGGAGAAGCUUACAAUGGCGGUUGUUUAGGAGCAAGAGGUGCUCGGAGCUGGCUGUUUAUCGGCUUCGUUAUGGGAUUUGCAGCGGUAAUAGCAGCCUGUUGGAUCUUGUUUGCCAACUUUGUAGCAGAAGGCGCACCACAUCAUUGGCCGGGUGUAGGAUUGUUCUUGCAGAAUGUGUUUAUUUUCCUGGGCUCGCUCACGUAUAAAUUCGGUCGAUCUGAGGAUCAAUGGGGUUAAUGGAUGCGUACCAUGGUGAAGAAUAUUUUUAUUACCGCAUAGUCAAAUCAAGAGCACCAGGUGAAGCUCGGCUGAUGGGGGGGCGGGGGAGCGGGGGAGGGGAGACCUCGUAACAUCAACAUACCUUGUACCGCUUCGAGCGUGAAAUCCAAUUAAUUCGCAGUAAAUUAUUCUUAUUGUAAACGUUUCCGUGUACACGCGGCAAUUCUUAUUUAUAUCCACCGCGGAAUCGCGUGGAAAAGACAGAUAGCGAUUACACGUUACAAAUAUGCUAUAUAUGUAUACAUAUAUGAGAUUUUACUGUAAAGGUAAGGAGAUUAGAGGCCUGUUCUUCGUAGCUGAACUGCUGCACUAGUUCACAGUUUGUCUUUCUCUUUCUACAUUGGAAGAAGAAAGCUAAAUUCUGAACUAGUGCAGCCAGUUCAGCUAUAAAGAACAGGCCUUAGAUUAUCGAUCUUUUUUGUGUGAUAGAAUUAUACACUACUUACGCUACGCUAAUAAUUUUAAAUCGCAUCGGUAAACUUUUUCGAUCUGUGCGCCAUCAAAAAAAAAAAAUCCCAUAUUUAUACACCUUUCUCAUCUCGUUUCGUUGGUAUCUUAUAUUUGAUACUUUUACAAGAAAGAUAAUCACAAGUGUCUGAUAUCGAAGUUAAAUAAAUGAACUAUGUUCCAAGAAAA